AUGAAUUCUCUUUCUUUCUUACAACUCGAGGCCGUGAGGCAGGCGUCCAGCAAGGUGGCUGAUCUGGACGCCCUCUGCACAGCCCUCAGUACAGUAGUAUUUUUCUCUCGCUUAGAUGAGCCGACAGUUCAGAGCCUCGCUAAGUGCGUGCAGUACGAGCGCUUUAAACCUAGGCAAACGGUUUUCAGCUACGGCGACUAUGGUGACAAAUACUAUUUACUGCUGACGGGCAGAGUAGGGGUAGAGGUUCCCGUGCCUCAGCCAAACGGAGCAAUGCACAACCUGCAAGUUGCCAUCUUAGAAGCAGGGGCAGGGUUCGGGGAAAUGGCGCUAUUGGAAGAUAUGCCAAGAUCAGCUACAAUUCAGGCCCUAGAACCAACAGAAACACUUUCGCUUGACAGAGAACACUACCAGGCCCUUGCUAUGGAAAAACAUAGAGAAGUCUUCCACCGCAACGUCAGCUUUUUGCAGUGCCUCCCUUUCCUCGUUGGCUGCCCCACAGGGGACAUCAAGGCAUUGGCUGAGCAACUAGUUGAGAAAACCUACUCGGGGCCUGAGGUAAUUGUCCGUCAAGGCCAAGAGGCCACCCAAGUUGUCUUGGUGAAGAGAGGGUCCGUGCUGGUGCUGAGAACCGUAAACACAGGAGCCAAAGGGAAAUUCUUUGAUCUAAGAAAGCCUGCAGGAGGCUCUCCCUCCAGCAUCAACGAUCUGGGAAGGUCUGUAGGACUUAAACACAAGGAAACUGGAAAUGGCCAGCAGCUUAGAUCCCAAGCCGGGAAGCAAAAAGCAACCAAUAGUUCAACAAGUGCGCUACAGUGUUCCUACAUGCCGACAGGCCUUAUUACCGGACUCCGUAAGUUCUAUUGUUUGAUUAAGAAAGGCUUAACCAGGGCUCAGAGUUUGGCAUUGUUUUCAGAGACAAGUAUACAAGAGACGGACUGCCAGAAAAAACUGGUCCUCCAGGUUGCGACUCUGGGAAAGCAAGCUACGUACGGAGCCCGCGAAAUUCUAGAGGGAGAAAAGGCAACGGCAGUUCAGCAGCGUGGAAGCACUUACAGCGCAACCCUUGUGGCAUUCCCCGCCGCGCAGGUGAGGAUAAGUGGAUCCGCUCAAAAUCUGUGGUGUUUAGUAAUAAACGAUCACCACACUUGCGUCAAAUCCACCCAAUUACUUUUUGUUUGCUAUUGUAAAACAUCAAACAUAUGUCAUUUUUGUGUGCCUAGAAAGGAAUUAUAA